GCUUAUUCAUAUAUUUGUUCUCGGUGGACAGUCAGUCGUAAAGUCGCUCGUAGACAGAAUGCAUUUCAAGAUGUGCCGCGUAUCGCUUCUCGUUCUUGUCUGCGUUUCUGUCUUCGUAGACACCGCAAUCGCGGCGUGCACCGUCAGCGGAAACGAGAAUGGAUUUGGCAAUCGUCUAAGAUGUUCCAACGUGACGUUAAACGCCGCGCUAAUUUUCGGCGAGCCGGACGUGAACGACAUCAUGAUUUUCGAAUCGCGGAUAGAAAGUAUUCCCGAUCGAGCGUUCCUGAGACACAGCAAGAACCUAAUCUCUCUGAAUAUGCACAAGUGCGACAUCACGGAGAUUUCCGAUUACGCGUUCGACAGUCUGAGAAGAUUGAAGAAGCUCAGCCUGCCGUACAACAACAUCACGUCGGUGAGAGAUCAGUGGUUCGUCGAUCUGACGUCCCUGGAGCAACUGGAUUUGUCGUACAAUCUCAUCGCGUCGAUCGAGCCCACGAUCUUCGAGAAACUGCGAGGUCUCAAAUGGCUCGACGUCAGGGAGAACCGUUUGACGUGCUUGGAACCGGCCCAGCUUGCGCCGAUGGCCGGCCUCGAGAAGCUCCGCUUCGCCGGAAAUCCCCUCACCUUCCGGUGCCGUGGCACGUUGACGUUGCGGUUACGAGAUCUGGGCAUCAGUUACAAAACUGAUCAACGCGACGAGGAAAACUGGCUGGAUAGUAUAUUGUGGCUAUGCGCCAUGGACGACGUUAAGACAGCCGCGUCUGAAGUUUUCAUGGAGGAAUGUGUCAUCCUGAAUCUGUUCAAUCAACUUCGUACCGGGUUGACCACGGCCGAAUCUUUUCCCAUAUCCACCCCUCAGGAAUGCAUAUACGCGAGAAACGAACUCACGACAUGCAUCGCUGCGGAUCGCAGAAACGGCAGAGAAGUUGUUACUAAUGGAAACGUCGUGAGAAAACUGUUAAGGCACUUGAGAGAAUCGAAAUCCACGGUGUAACGCAACAGACGUAUCAAUUCUGUGUCAAUUCCAAAAACGUUAUAAUUAAUAGCUGAAAACAUUUCUAAUCGCCGUGUACGAAUAAAGCUUCAUGUAAAAAUGUUUGAAACACCCGAGGUGAAUAUUUGUCUUCACCCAGAAAAAAGAUUUAUUUAGAUUAAACAAGAGUGAGCUACGUUGAAAUCGCGUUUCUUUGAAUCUACUAAAUUUUUAUUUACUUCUACUAAAACACUUGUUAGAUUUGAAGAAGCAGAUAAGAAUUUUCUUAGAAAUUUCGGUCUUAAUCAAAUAAAAUUUUGGUCGAGAUAAGAUUUGUUCGAUUUCAAACCAACUUUUUUCCGGGUGCACUUUGUUAAACAUUUUAUCUUCCACGUAUAUAAAUAAACAUCCUAUCAAGGAAAA